GAUGCUCCGCUCUUCAUGAGACCACCUCAGACCGGAGUGCAGCUGGCGGUUCUGCUGCCGCUCGACUAUCCUGACCCUGCUUUUUCUUCUUUAAUUGGGACACCUGGGAGAAAUAAAUAGCCCACUGUGGGGAGGCAAAUGAACGCAAAAGACCGGAGGGGGGUUUCCCCAGGCUGCCCUCAGACCAAUGGAUAUGCACACAAGUCCUAAGACCUGCUUCUCAUCAUAGCAACAAAGGGGGAUCGUCUUUGAAGGAUCUUUUCAAAAUCAACAUACUUUCGGGUGGAAGGAUGUGCUCGGCGGUCUUACUUCAUCAGUGGAGUUUGGCCGUGUUCUUGCUGUGUUCUCCGGUGACACCUCACGGGAUGCCGCUGGAUGGAGCGAGUAGCAGAAUGAGGAGGUCGGUGAGCCACGCCCAGCUGAUGCACGACAAGGGCCGCAGCAUGCAGGAGUUCAAGCGCCGCCUGUGGCUGCAGGAGCUGCUGGACGAGGUGCACACGGCCCGCGAGCAGGCGCCGCCCGUGCAGAACAGGACCCCCGACUUCAGCGGGAACGACCUCCACCUCCAGAAGCCCCCGGAGGCCACCAAGAACCUCCCCCACAGGUUCAGGCCCGAGCAGGAGGGCCCCAACCUGCCGCAGGAGACCAACAAGGCGCUGGCUUACAAGGACCAGCCGCUGAAGGUGGCCACCAAGAGGAAAAAAAAGGCCAGGCUGGGCCGGCGCCGGGAGGGCGACAAGAAGCGCAGGCGGGCCCGCUCGGCUCGGACUGGAGGCUGAGACGGGUGGAGCACCAGAAGACACUGACACCAACCGGGGCUCCUUUUGCGGCCUUUUGCUUGUAUGAUAGAUUUUUUUUUUGCCUUUGUAUUUUUUAAUGGCACCUCUCAGUUCCAACAUCUCCAUAUUUAUUUGGACAACCUUCACAACCAUCACCUGGAACAUCCGCCAUAAUUUAUUUCCUUUUUGAAAGUCUCUAUUUAUUUGGUGAAUGUAUUGUGGUGCUGCUGACUGAAUCCAUAAUGCACUUUAGUUCUGUCACGUACAUGGAUGUUCUUUUGUGGUCCCGCUUUCCUUUCCCACCUAAGAUCUCUCCUGGAUGUAAUUUAUUGUUCAACCCACUCUCAUCACGUAU